AUGGUUUCUGUCCUAAUUCAAGGCGAUCCAUCUCUUCAGACGCUCCAGCUUCGCGGGGGAGGGGGCGACACAUUCCUUGCAGGAGCGCAGCUUGUGAAGGAGAUCCUCAAGGCCAUUGGGGUUUUCACCGAGAGUGACAAGAAGGAUGGCUGGGAUUUCAAAGAUAAUAAGGACAUGUGUGACGUCUUCUUCACGACCAAGAACGGGGGAAACUGCUUUGUGACGGUUGAAUGCAACGACGGUGGCAAGAAGGAGAUUGGAGAGUUCAGUGUCAAUUUUACCAAGCGCGAUGGGUGGGAGCUCCAGGGGCUUACGAACCCAAUUCUCCAAGUAAAGCACGUCGCCGAUUGGAAGGAAUGGGACGUGUCCUCAAUGUCUUCAGCUCGUGCUCAUGCGAAUCUUUGCGAAAAGGGCAUUUCUCCGUUAGGUUGCCAUAAAGGUCCAUGGGUCGAGGGUGGUAACACGCCUAUUGUCAAUGACUGCUCCAAGCGAUGGAGUUGUGUAGUUCCCAAGAUUGAAGCCAAAUUUCCAGACGGGUCGAACUGGGAAAAGAACAACUGA